AUGUCGCCUUCAAGAUCUGCCAAUGAGAAAAAGCGAGCAGUCGCAGGACCUAGCAAAGUCAUGAAGUCGACCACCUCCCUGAAAGCACCAACCUAUAUUUUUCCUCUCGAGGACGGUCCACCCCAUGACUUUCACAUGCAUAUCGUGACCUCUAGGGCGUUCAAAUCUCUCGAAGAACUCCAAGCACUCGACUUCGAGAAGCAAGACAACAUGCUGUGCCCUGGCUGCCACAUGCCCGACCGCUACACGACCAUUUCUACAAGCCGUGGUAAAGGUCGAAAGGGAAGGCUUGUCAUUCAUUGCGAGCUGAAAGUGGAUGGUUUCAGAAGAGAAUAUGUUGUCAACCGGCAGAAGCGGCUGGUGAUUAUUUUGGGACUGUGCAAUGCUUUCUUAAUGGUGGUAUUGGCAUUGAUGUUGAAUGGACUUGGGCCGGAAAGAGCAGCAAGGGCAUGUAGAAUGGGAUGGAAGAUAUUUUUGAGAGAGGUUGAGAUUUCUUUGCACCUUGGUCGUAGAACCCUGGGCUUCAGUCCUGGAUACUGA